UCUUCACAUCAUCACUCACUUGUAUCGCGUAUUCGCUUCUUUUCGGCCCGUUUCGGUCCUGUUGGGACGAGCCAAGCGAUGAGAGAUAAAUUGCCAUCAUGUCUGAACCUGUCUCAGUCUUGGGAAAUCUCGCAUAUCAACAAUGCGAUGCGGUGAACUUCGAAGUGAACUGGUGAACGAGUAUUUUUGUUGGUGGUGAACGAGUCCUCAGUUAAAACAAGUGAGUCGUUCAGUUUGAACGGUGGAUGAAUGGAGCGUGACUCCCCCAGCCCAGCGUCAGCAAAGCCAAAGCUCACAAACAGCUGCCGCUGUAAAUCACAACACUUCCCUUGAUCGACUGACAAUUUCUUUAUAAAGAUGGUAGUAGCAUGUUCGUUCAGUAGUUGCAAAGCAAAGUACAGCAAGAGGGAGAAGUUUGGCUUUUUUCGAUUCCCGUGCAGACGCCUGAACCCACAGCAGCGAUUCUCAUGGAUAAGUGCAUUGAAAAAGAAAGGUGCAGACGGCAGCUCUUGGCAGCCCACCAAACACGAUAGGAUAUGCGGACGACAUUUCACGACAGGCAGGCCUUCGAAGUCACCCAGACAUCCAGACUUCGUACCUGUGGAAAGUUUGGAAGAAGCUGCAUCGGAGCCUGCCGUAGAGGUCAGAUCAACAAAGGAUCAAGCUCUGUACGAAACUCCGCAAGAAGUUACGAUGGCUGAUGCUGGUUCCAUCUGUGUCAAGACUGAACCCUACAACGUCACCUGUCCUGCCGUACCAGGAGACAGUCACGCAACUUAUGCAUUCCAAGAAGUGGUUACUGCGAGCCCGUCAAUCCGAAUUAAGGAAGAGCCUCUAGACACAAGCACCUCUUCUUUGCAAGGAGACCAUGGAAACGGGGAAGACUGCAUUACAGGUAAUUGUUUAGAAAUGAUUACUGCGAGCCCUUCAAUCCGAAUUAAGGAAGAGCCUUCAGACACAAGCACUUCUUCUUUGCAAGGAGACCGUGGAAACAGGGAGGAAUGCAUAACAGAAAUGAUCACUGCGGGCCCUUCAAUCCGAAUUAAGGAAGAGACUCCAGUCACAAGCACUUCUUCUUUGCAAGGAGACCAUGGAAACAGGGAAGAGCACAUAACGGAUAAUUGUUUAGGAGCAGUUGCAGUCAGAGGUGUGCUUCAACUUAAAGAAGAACCUCAGGACUCCUCGGAACCUAACCUGACUUCAAGUCACAGUUGCUCAGCUGCACAGUUCACAAACAGUCCUCUCGACCAUGGUUCCUGGGACGCAGCGAACAGUGGCCUCUCAGAAGUGGACUCGGAGCCGGACAAAAGCGCAUCUUCGAGGGAAGAGGGUCAACAGCAAGGACAGUCGGAGCAGGAUGCACGUCUGAAAAGUCGUACACGAACAUGCACCGGACAGAAAUCGUACGGAUGUGAACUCUGUCCCGCCACAUUCACUCGACCUGGCAGCUUGAAACGUCACAUGAGAGCACAUACGGGAGAGAAGCCGUUCGACUGUAAACAGUGUGGAGCAAAAUUCACUCUCUCUUCAAGUCUGAGACGCCACGUGCGAAUACACAGCGGAGAGAAGCCCUACAAGUGCGAACUGUGCCCCGCAGCAUUCAGUCAGUCCAAGUGCCAAAAACGUCACAUGCGGACACACACGGGAGAGAAGCCGUACGAGUGCGAACUCUGUCCCGCAGCGUUCAAACAGUCCUGCGACCUGAAGUGUCACAUGCGGACGCAUACCGGAGAGAAGCCAUUCAACUGCGGAGAGUGUGGCGCAGGAUUCACUCAGUCCUCGAACCUGAGGAUUCACACGCGAACGCACACGGUAGAGAAGCGGUACAAGUGCGAACUCUGCCCCGCGGCGUUCCACGUGUCCGAAAACCUGAGGUAUCACGUGAGGACGCAUACGGGAGAGAAGCCGUUCAAGUGCAAGCGCUGCGGAGCGGAAUUCGCCCAGUCUGCACACCUGAGCCGCCACGUGCGAACGCACACCGGAGAGAAACCGUACAGCUGCGAACUCUGCCCCCUGGCGUUCAGUCAGUCCUACAGCUUGAAGCGUCACAUGCUCACGCAUACGGGAGAGAAGCCGUUCAAGUGCGAGCAGUGUGGCGCGCGGUUCACUCAGUCUUCGAAGCUGGUGAGCCACACGCGAACGCACACCGGAGAGAGGCCGUACAAGUGCGAACUUUGCCCCGCGGCCUUCAGUGUGUCCGAAAGAGUGAAAUCUCACAUGCGAGCUCACACCGGGGAGAGGCCGUACACGUGUAAACUCUGUCCCGCAGCAUUCAGACGGUCUUACAACCUGAAGUGUCACGUGCGAAAACAUACUGGAGAGAAGUCAUUCGACUCCGAGCAGUCUGGAGCACAUCUGAAAGGUCACGUGCAGACGUGCACGGAACACACUGAACUUCCGGUAGCCUUGCUUGCCGUUGAGUGUAACGAGAAGCAGAGCUCAUCUAUGAGGAGGCCUUCGGCGGCCAUUACGCUGUCGUUGCACGGCUCGCACUUCUCGAGAACUCUGCUGGCUCUCGUGACAACAGAAUCUGAGACGCCCCCACCGUACGCGGAGCUGACGAACGAGAUCAGCCCACCUGGGGUCUCUCCGACGAGGACUUUUGCGGUGCAAGCGCCCCUGCGUCUGCUCCCAUCUUCAGCACUGUGGUACCUUUACAAUUUGGAUAUCGAGGUGAAGAUUUUUCUUUCUAUCUUAGAAGUUGCAAUGGCUGACACCGGCUCCAUCUGUGUCAAGACUGAGCCCUACAACAUCACCUGUCGUGCCUUACCUGGAAAUUCUCACGAAAAUAAAGCUACAACAGACGAUAGUCGAGAAAGGAUUACUGCGAGCCCUUCGAUCCAAGUUAAAGAAGAGCCUCCGGAAACAAGCCCCUCUUCCUUGCAGGGAAACCUAGCAAACAGUGAGGAACACGUAACAGGUAACUGUUUAGGAGCAGUUGGUGCCAGUGGUGCGCUUCAAAUCGAAAAAGAACCUCAAGACUCUAGUAGCAACCUGGCUUCAAGUUGUAGUUCCCCAGCUCCACAGUUCAAUGACGGUUCUCCCGAUCAUGGUACAUUGGGCAGAGCGAACGAUAACCUUUCACAAGUAUGUGUAGAACCCAACAACAUUGCAUUCCUGAUGGAACAGGGUCGACUUCAAGGGGGACACCCGGAGCAAGAAGCACAUCUGACAGGACAUAUGCAAACAGAUUCCGUAAAGAGGCCGUACAAGUGCGAACUCUGUCCCGCAGCAUUUACUAGGUCCGACGGCUUGAAACGUCACGUGCGAACGCAUACGGGAGAAAAGCCAUUCAACUGUAAACUGUGCGGAGCAGAAUUCACCCUCUCCUCAAGUCUGAGGCGUCACACACGAACGCACACCGGGGAGAAGCCGUACAAGUGCGAACUGUGUCCCGCGGCAUUCAGUGUGUCCGAAAAAAUGAAGUGCCACAUGCGGACCCACACCGGAGAGAAGCCGUACAAGUGCGAGCUGUGUCCCGCAGCGUUUAGCAACGGCAAUGGCCUCAAGUGCCACGUGAGAACGCACACGGGGGAGAAGCCGUACAAGUGCGAACUCUGUUCCGCAGCGUUCAACGUCCCGGAAAACCUGAAAUAUCACGUGAGGACGCACACCGGAGAGAAGCCGUUCAAGUGCCAACACUGCGGAGCGGAAUUCACCCAGUCUGCACACCUGAGCCGCCACGUGCGGACGCACACGGGAGAGAAGCCGUACAAGUGCGAACUCUGCUCCGCGGCAUUCAGUCAGUCUUACAGCCUGAAACGUCACAUGCAAACGCAUACCGGAGAGAAGCCGUUCAACUGCGAGCAGUGCGGCGCGGAGUUUGCUCAAUCUUCGCACCUGAUAAGUCACAUGCGGACCCAUACGGGAGAGAAGCCGUACAAGUGCGAACUUUGUCCCGCGGCGUUCGGCGCGGCGGAAAAAAUGAAGAAUCACAUGCGGACUCACACCGGAGAGAAGCCGUACACGUGCGAACUGUGUCCCGCGGCGUUCAGUCAGCCUUACAACCUGAAGUGUCACGUGCGAACGCACACCGGGGAGAAGCCGUUCAGCUGCGAGCAGUGUGGCGCGGAAUUCGCUCAGUCCUCGAACCUGAGAAACCAUAAGCGGACUCAUACGGGAGAGAAGCCAUACGAGUGUGAACUCUGUCCCGCAGCGUUUAGUCGGUCCAAAAACCUGAAAUGUCACAUGCGAACACAUACUGGAGAGUAGCCAUUUGAAUGCAGACA